AAAUCAGUGGCUAGCCCAACGGAGACAGCGUCGGAAUUCGAUGAGAUGGUCUCCGGCACAAAACGGAAGUAUUACAUGCUCAGAGGGAAAGGAGGAGUGGGCAAAACCAGUUGUGCUGCUUCUUUAGCUGUGAUAUUCGCCAACAACAGACACCCAACUCUUGUCGUGUCCACAGAUCCAGCACAUUCUUUAAGCGAUUUUUUUGCUCAGGACUUGACUGGAGGAAUGCUUGUGCCUGUUGAAGGACCUGAGUCUCCUUUAUUUGCUCUAGAAGUAUGUAGAAAACCGAUGUUCUGUUUUGUAGUUAUUGCGUCGCAGAUGAAUGGAGGAACUGGGAUGAAAGAUUUUAUGGAUGGUAUAGGACUUGGAAUGCUUGUAGAACAGUUGGGGGAACUUAAACUUGGAGAGUUGCUCGACACACCACCUCCUGGAUUGGAUGAAGCCAUUGCCAUUUCUAAGGUCAUUCAAUUUUUGGAAUCACCGGAGUAUAACAUGUUCACCAGAAUCGUGUUUGAUACCGCACCAACGCGUCAUACGCUAAGGCUACUCUCCUUACCUGACUUCCUUGACGCGACCAUUGGUAAAAUCUUGAAGCUAAGGCAGAAAAUAACCUCGGCUACUUCAGCAAUCAAAUCAGUAUUUGGGAAAGAAGAAAACCGGCCUGAUGCUGCCGACAAAUUGGAGCGACUAAGAGAAAGGAUAGUCAAAAAUCGUGAGCUUUUUCGUACAAAAGAUGCUCGGAGACAGGCCCUCGAAGCAUAUGCUGCUUCAUUUUCUCAGUUUAAGGUCCCUGGGAAUGAGAAUCCUUCUAUUCUUAUAUCCUUUGCAAGCAAGAGCUUUGAUGCUGGACAGACAACUAUGCAAAGGAAAAGGUCUCUGACAUGGAAGCAGAAGACAAGAUCCUUCGGCAGCAAGCACUGA